AUGGCACUCCCGGAAGAUGUGAUAUAUACAACCACAUUUGCUCCUGGAAGGAGCUGCUCCAAUACCCACACUGUCUGCCUCUUGCUGCCCACAAGCAGUGCGACCCACCACACAGCCCGCUGUCCGGAGGCCCCAGCCCAGGAGCGACUUCCAGAGUCCCAGCCCACGGAGAAACAGAGGCAGCCACAGACACCCCCUGUGGACAGGAGAGUGCCUUCUCCAGAAAGACUGCAGGACCUCCGCAGGGACUCUGAGUCGUGCCACUGCCAGUGCCUGUCCGUGACCUCAGUUCCCCGCAGAAGUGCCCUCCGUCAGACUGCCAGCAUCGGCACCAGCCGUCCUGUGGGGACCACAGUGCUGCCUCCAGAGGAGAUGGGGGAUGGUCUCUACAGUGAGCAGAGGCCCCCACGGGACACCAAGAAGGACAAAGCCCCAAGGUGGGCCCAGCAGCAGUGGCUAAAGAUGCUGCUAAACUUCCUGCUGCGGAUGGGCCCCGAGGAGCCCAAAGAGAAGACCAGCAGGCUGCCGAAGGAAAAGGAGGGUCACCCCCAGGCCUCGGAGCCCCCCAGAGCAGCAGGGGAGCCAGCCAUCAGGAGGAAAACCCCAGAUAGGAAAUCCAGUCCUGAGAGACACAAUGCUGAGAAACCCACCAUGACUCAAAACGCUGAGGCUGGAGGUCCCGAGGCAGGGCGGACAGGGCUGGGCCCUGCUCAUGGAGGUGGGGACAAUUCUCAUCUCCACCAGUCCUUGCUCACCAAGAGAGAAGGUGCUGGAGUCGUGGAAGCCACAGGUCCCCAGCAGGAAGAAGAGGAGCUCGCAAAGCUUGACCAGGACACGGCCAUCCAGAUGAUUGUGGAGCUGCUCAAGAGAGUGGGGGACCAGUGGGAAGAAGAGCGCCUGCAAGUCCCUCAAGCACAGGCUGCCCUGCAGACCCUGGCCGCCACUCCCAGGAAGCAAGCCCAUGAGAGGAAGUCCAGCCUCAAGAGAGCUUUCUCUCUCCGGAAGUCAGGCUCUGGGGCACCCAGGGGAGCCAGGCCUGCACACAGCCCCAGCGCUGAGGCUCGGCCGCCCAGGAGGCCCGGCUUUCUGCCCCUGUGCAUGGGUGGCCACCGGCCCUCCAUCCCCAGCAGUCCAGGCCUGGAAGAACCCGAGACCCAGGAGGCUGGGUUUGCUGAUGGCGGAGGUCCCGGUCAUUCUACCAUCCCCCUCCCAGCAGGACACCAGGGACCUGGGGAGGAGCUGCAGCUGGACAGAGCUUUGGAAUCCAAAGAAUUCAUCCGGAAGAUCACUGCCCUCCUCCACAAUGCUGAGCAGCAGGGAGCAGAGCAGCAUCAAGUCUGCAAGGCACAGGUGCCUGCAGAAAAUCCGGUGCCACCCUGCAGGAAGAAAUCCCACGAGAGAAAGUCCAGCUUCAAGCAGGUCUUUGCUCAGAAAAGGCACUGCUCCAAGGAGCCCAAGAGAGGGGGGCCCACGGUGACUGCCAACCCAGACCCUCGGCCGCCCAAGAGACCUGGCUUUCUGCCACUGUGCGUGGGUGGCCAGCGACCCUCCUUCUCUGACAGCCUGGAUCCAGAAGGUUCUGAGUCCCAGGGGCUUUCACCGACGGAGGGUCUCCAGCUGGCCUCUCAGAAGCAGCCCCCACAGGCCCAAAGUCACACGGUAGAAGAGGGACAAAUUUCAGACGCCGAAUGUGGAUCUAAGGAUCUCAUCAUCCAGGAGCUGGUGGCCCUGCUCCAAGUGCUGGAUGGCCAGCUAGGGAAGCAGAUCAGGCGGCACCCCAGCUUCAAGAUGUUUUUUUACGAGUUCCCAGACUCUUCCCUCCAGAAGCUGGUGACCACCCUGCGCAGCCAGGAGGUACGCUCCCUUGAUCCAUGCAGGAACCCCACAGGAAGACCCUAUCCAUUUGCUUUGGGCCUGCCUGACAGAUUUGCUGGAGAUCACAGCCACGCCAGCUGCAGACUCAUGGGCUCUGUGGGCCACUAUCGCCGGCGCAGUUAUUCCCACUUCCCAAACUCGGAAGCCCAACUGAAUGUCACCAGUCUUCAGAGUCCAGACUGAGAGCUGCACCUCCUCGCACCUGCGUUCCCUUGAGCUGGCCUGGGGUCUGCAGCGCAAGCCAGGGUCACCCUCCCCCCCCCGCACCGACGCUGCUUCCUGCUGUUGCAAUCCCAUGGUUCCUGGAGAGAGCUGAAACCCAGGGCUGUGUGCCCACACAACCGUCAGAGACUCUGCAGGGCAGCCUUCUGAAGAGCUACAUGCAGAGGCUGGGGAAGCCAGCAUGGGCCUGGGGGUUACAGGACCGGGGCUGCGCUUGCUCCACCUGCUGCUGGACGCUGUGUGUGAUGCCCUGCCCUCUUAAGGUCUUGGAUUUAGCCCAUCAUGUGGAUUUGUCUAAAUC